GUGGAAUUUGCUGGAUCCUUCCCAGAAGAGUCUCUACAAAAAUGUGAUGUUUGAAACCUACCUGAACCUCAAAGCUAUAGGCUAUAAUUGGGAAGAGCAUCAUCUUGAAGAACAUUGUCAAAAUAAUAGAAGUCAUGAAAGACCCAGUCAUCUCCAAACACAUAAAAUGACACAUACAGGAGAGAAACCUUAUGAAUGCGAUCAAUGUGGUAAAGCCUUUGCACAGCGCAGUUCUCUCCAAUAUCAUAAAAGAACACAUACUGGAGAGAAACCUUAUGAGUGCCAUCAGUGUGGUAAAGCCUUUGCAUGUCACAGUCAUCUCCAAAUACAUAAAAGAACACAUACUGGAGACAAACCUUAUGAAUGUAACCAAUGUGGUAAAGCCUUUGCAUGUCACAGUAAUCUCCAAAUACAUAAAAGAACACAUACUGGAGAGAAACCUUAUGAAUGUAAUCAAUGUGGUAAAGCCUUUGCAUGUCACAUUGCUCUCCAAGUACAUAAAAGAACACAUACUGGAGAGAAACCUUAUGAAUGUAAUCAAUGUGGUAAAGCCUUUGCACAGUGCAGUGCUCUCCAAUAUCAUAAAAGAACACAUACUGGAGAGAAACCUUAUGAAUGUAAUCAAUGUGGUAAAGCCUUUGCACAGCACAGUGAUCUCCAAAGACAUAAAAGAACACAUACUGGAGAGAAACCUUAUGACUGUAAUCAAUGUGACAAGUCCUUUGCACAGCAUAGUAAAUUUCAAUAUCAUAAAAGAACACAUACCGGAGAGAAACCUUAUGAGUGCAAUCAAUGUGGCAAAGCCUUUGCAUGUCACAGUAAUCUCCAAUAUCAUAAAAGAACACAUACUGGAGAGAAACCUUAUGAAUGCAAUCAAUGUGGUAAAGCCUUUGCACAGCGCAGUAAUCUCCAAAUUCAUAAAAGAACACACACUGGAGAGAAACCUUAUGAAUGUAAUCAAUGUGGGAAAGCCUUUGCACUGCGCAGUACUCUCCAAUAUCAUAAAAGAAUACAUAUAGGUGAGAAACCUUAUGAAUGUAAUCAAUGUGGUAAAGCCUUUGCAUGUCACAGUAAUCUGCAAACACAUAAAAGAACACAUACUGGAGAGAAACCUUAUGAAUGUAAUCAAUGUGGUAAAGCCUUUGCACAUCAGGGUAAUCUCCAACAUCAUAAAAGAACACAUACUGGAGAGAAACCUUAUGAAUGUAAUCAGUGUGGUAACGCUUAUGCCUAUUACAGUAAUCUCCAAUAUCAUAAAAGAACACAUACUGGAGAGAAACCUUAUGAAUGUAAUCAAUGUGGUAAAGCCUUUGCACAGCGUGAUCAUCUCCAAUAUCAUAAAAGAACACAUACUGGAGAGAAACCUUGCAAAUGUGAUCAAUGUGGUAAAGCCUUUACAAGACCCAGUCAUCUACAAAGACAUAAAAGAACACACACCGGACAGAAACCUUAUUGA